CAAGGAGAGGCCUUCCUCCCUUUGUGCUCCCCCUUCUCUCCUCCCCCCGCCCCCCGGGCCCUAUAAAUAGGCCCGGCCCGGGCUGUGGCUGAGUGCGAGGUGGGAGUCAGCACAGCGGUCUGCAGCCAAGCCCCUUGCCAGCAUGGCCAGCGAGUUCAAGAAGAAGCUGUUCUGGAGGGCCGUGGUGGCCGAGUUCCUGGCCAUGAUCCUCUUCGUGUUCAUCAGCAUCGGCUCGGCCCUGGGCUUCCAGUACCCGAUGACGGGCAACCAGACGUCAGGUGGAACGCAGGACAACGUGAAGGUGUCGCUGGCCUUCGGGCUGAGCAUCGCCACGCUGGCCCAGAGUGUGGGACACAUCAGUGGUGCCCACCUCAACCCGGCCGUCACGCUGGGGCUGCUGCUCAGCUGCCAGAUCAGCAUCCUGCGGGCGCUCCUGUACAUCAUAGCCCAGUGCGUGGGCGCCAUCGUGGCCACCGCCAUCCUGUCCGGCAUCACCUCCAACCUGCCCAACAACUCUCUGGGCCGCAACGAUCUGGCCGGGGGUGUGAACUCGGGCCAAGGACUCGGCAUUGAGAUCAUCGCCACCCUCCAGCUGGUGCUCUGUGUGCUGGCCACCACUGACCGCAGGCGCCGCGACCUCGGGGGCUCGGCGCCCCUGGCCAUCGGCCUGUCUGUGGCCCUGGGACACCUGCUGGCUAUUGACUACACCGGCUGCGGCAUCAACCCCGCCCGCUCCUUUGGCUCCUCCGUGAUCACGCACAACUUCAGCAACCACUGGAUUUUCUGGGUGGGGCCGUUCAUCGGGGCCGCCCUGGCCGUGCUCAUCUACGACUUCAUCCUGGCGCCGCGCAGCAGCGACCUCACCGACCGCGUGAAGGUGUGGACCAGCGGCCAGGUGGAGGAGUACGACCUGGACGCCGACGACGUCAACGCCAGGGUGGAGAUGAAGCCCAAAUAGAGGGGUGGGCCGAGCGGGGGGCGGGGCGGG